AUGGCGGCGCUCGAGGAUGCGCGCGUCCCGCUCAAGGCGGCGCUCGAGGAUGCGCGCGUCCCGCUCAAGUACUACGUGUCGCCGCGGGAGACGGCCCAGGAGCGCGUCGGCGGCGCGCUGGACGAGCUCGCGAAGCGCCACGCGCUGCUUGAGGUGGAGCGCGUGAGCGAGCCCGGCGACGCGGACCUCAUCUGGCUCAACACGCCGUCCAAGGCGGCGAAGGCGGCCUGCCGCGACUGCGCGCACUACAACCACGUCGCCGGCGCGCGGGCGGCCCUCGAGGACAAGUGCCGCAUGGGCGAGCUCCAGCGGCGCAUGGGCGAGCGGACCCUGAGGAGCGAGACGUUCGCGGAUCGGGGCGCGCUCCGCGCGUGGGUCGCCAAACACGGGCCGGCCCUGGACGGGGGCUGGGUCGUCAAGGACGCGACGGCGAACUCGGGCGUCGGCCUCUGGUUCGCGGCGUCGCCCGGCGACCUCGCCGCGCUCGCGGCCUCGGACGCCGUCGACGCGCGCGGCGAGGUCGUGCUGCAACAGUACCUGGAGAGGCCCAUGCUCUGGCGCGGGCGCAAGCUCCAGUUCCGCGUCUACGCCGUCUGGCAGGGCCGGUCCUGCUUCCUGUACGCCGGCGCCAUGGCCCAGGUCUGCGCGGCGCCCUACGCGGCGCCCGUGGCCGGCGAGGCUCUGGCCGGGACCGCGCACGUCACGAACGUCUCCGUGAACAAGGACGCGGACGAGGCCGCGGGCGGCGCCUUCGUGCCCGAGCGGCCCAUCUUGGACCUGGCGGCGGCCCACCCGGCGCAGUUCGCGGCCAUGAAGCGGGUCUUGCGGUCCCUGAGCCGCGCGUGCGCUCCGGGCCUCGCGCCGGCCGCCGCGGGGCGGAACCGCUUCGAGCUCGUCGGCGUCGACUUCCUCUGCGACGACGACGCCGCGGAUCCCCACGCCUGGCUCGUCGAGUGCAACUGCCCGCCGAACAGCGCGGGGUCCGCGGCGGAGGGGCCCAUCGAGGCCUUCCACCACGCGUUGAUGGUCGACGUUUUGGACCGCUUCGUCGUCGGCGGGUCCGCGCGCGGCCGCUGGGUCGCCGUCGACGCCGGCGCGCCGGACGUCGGGCCCAAGGCCUUCAGCGAGCGCUUCGGGCCGUCCCUCUUCUGGAGCAAGUUCGACAAGGCGUCGCAGCGCGUCGCCGCGGCGGCCUACGGCGGCCGAAAAGACGCGCCGCCGCCCGCGGCGUCGACGGCCGUCGCGGCGCGGGCCCGAAAGCGCUUCGCGCUCUACGCUUCGACGCACGGGUCCUCCUUCGACGGGUCCUGGGCCUUCUUCGAGAACGCGGGCGGGUCCCAGGUGCCCGCGGCCGUCGCCGACGCGUGCGCCGGCGCGUUAAACGCGCGCUGGCGCGACGAGCUCGGCGCCGCGGCCAAGGAAAGCGCGCGGGCCUUCGCGGCGGCCUUUCUCGGCGCCUCGGGCCCCUGCUUCUUCGCGGCGAACGCGUCGACGGCCCUCGACACCGUCGCGCGCGCGCUCGACGGGCCCUGGCUCGACGGCGGCGCGAUCGUCGUCUGCGACGCGUCGCACGAGGCGAACGUCGUCCCCUGGCUGCGCCUCGCGGCGGGCCGCGAGCUCCGCACCUGGCGCGUCGACGGCGCGGCGGGCGCGCCGGACCUCGCGGCGCUCGACGGCCUGCUCGACGACGCGGUGCGAGUGGUCGCGGUGCCGCACGCGUCGAACGUUACCGGCGACGUCUACGACGCGGCGACGGUCGUCGCCAAGGUCCGCGCCAGUUGCCCCGGCGCGCUCGUGAUCGUCGACGGCGUCGCCUACGCGCCCCACCGCCGCGCCGACGCCGCCGGGCUCGAGGCGGACUGCUACGUCUGCGCGUUCCACAAGGCCUUCGGCCCGCAUCUCGCGGCCGCGGCGCUGAGCUCGCGAUUGAUCGACCGCGUCGCACGCUUCCCGGCGCCGGGCGCGGGCGCGCGGGCCUUGGAGGUCGGCACCGUGUCCGCGGAGGCCUGCGCGGGCGUCGCGGCGCUCCGGAGCUACGUCGAGGCCGCGGCCGCGGACUCGCGGCCGUGCGACGCGCUCGACGACGCGCUCGACGCCUUCUACGAGGGCGUCGCGCUCGCCGAGGCCGCGCCGCUGGCGCGGCUCCUGGCGUUCCUGGACGCGGCGCCCCGGGCGACGGUGCUCCGGGGCGCGGGCGCCGUCGACAAGCUGCCGACCGUCGCCUUCUCCCACGCGAACCUCGCGCCGGCGGCCGUCGUCGCCGAGGCCCGGCACCACAAGAUCGCGCUGCGCUGCGGCGAUUUCCUAUCGCCGCGGCUCCUCGACGCCGUCUUGCCCGCGGACGCGCGGCCCGCGGGCGUCGUCCGCGUCUCGCUCGCGCACUACAACACCGUGGCCGAGGUCGACCGGCUCUGCGCGGCCCUCGAGCGCAUGGAGAAGUGGUAA